AUGAGAGUAGGUGCCUGAAAGUAAGAGGAGCGUUCGCUUGGGCCCUGCGCGCCGCACUGGCACCGGUUCGGCCCUCGGAGUUCGCUUCUGUCGCGGCACAGUGCCCAGUAACUAACUCCGCGCAGCGCAGCACACUGGGGUUGGGGAGGAGCCCUAUUCUCCGGGACUGCAUUUCCCAGACUGCCUUGCGCCCUGACGUAAUUGGACACGUUGGUUCCCGGAAGCGGAGCCGGUGGGAGAGUUACAGGUUUCAGUGUCGGUCUCUAUGGAGGGAAAGCGCAUCCUGGUAACGGGGGGCUCCGGCCUGGUGGGGAAAGCCAUAGAGAAGGUGGUGGCAGACGGAGAGGGGAGACCAGACGAGCAGUGGAUUUUUGUUGCCUCCAAAGAUGCCGACCUGACGAGCGCGGCAGACACCAAAGCUCUGUUUGAGAAGCACAAGCCCACUCACGUCAUUCACUUGGCCGCUAUGGUGGGGGGGCUGUUCCGGAACAUGAAGUACAACCUGGAUUUCUUGAGGAACAACCUGCACAUCAAUGACAAUGUCCUGCACUCGGCCUAUGAACUGGGGGUCCACAAGGUCGUCUCCUGCCUUUCUACCUGCAUCUUCCCAGACAAGACCACCUAUCCCAUCGACGAGACCAUGAUCCACAGUGGGCCCCCCCACACCUCCAACUUUGGCUAUUCCUAUGCAAAGAGAAUGAUCGAUGUACAGAACAGAGCUUAUUAUGAGCAGCACGGCUGUCAGUUCACCUCCGUAAUUCCCACUAACGUCUUCGGCCCCCACGAUAAUUUCAACAUUGAGGAUGGGCACGUCCUGCCGGGGCUGAUCCAUAAGGUCUACUCAGCUAAGCAGGACGGCACCCCUCUCUCUAUCUGGGGCACAGGGAAGCCACGGAGACAGUUCAUCUAUUCGCUGGAUCUCGCAAGGCUCUUUAUUUGGGUGCUGAGGGAGUACAACGAGGUCGACCCCAUUAUUCUUUCUGUUGGAGAGGAGGACGAGGUCUCCAUCAAGGAAGCAGCUGAGAGCAUUGUGGCCGCCAUGGAUUUUAAGGGAGAGGUGAUUUUUGACAGCACCAAGUCAGAUGGGCAGUUCAAGAAGACGGCGAGUAACAGCAAGCUGCGGAGGUACCUGCCGGACUUCCAGUUCACCCCCUUCAGUAAAGCCGUGCAGGAAACCUGUGACUGGUUUAACUCUAACUAUGCCCAGGCCCGGAAGUGAAGAGACGGGAAUUGGCGCAGCCAAAGUGCAAACACUUGGUGUCGGGGCCCCUGGCGAGGACGCGCGGUGCCCGGGACCCGGUGGGACUGGUGGCGGUGGGAGGAAUCAUUUGCGCCUGUGAAUGCGGCGUCAGGGAUUGUAGAUCUUUCUGUCGGCAAUCAUAGUGGAGGGUGAUUGGUUAAUUUAUUUCCCUUUAUUUAUAUGUACUGUACCCUCAGCGGGGCCCGUGCCACAAUUAUGCCCACUGGGCUGGCAUUAUGGACACCCGGAGGAGCGGCAGUGUGAUAUCUGCCGGUGCUGCCGUACGGUUAUACCAGCGCAGUCUGCGGCUUCCCAUCAGCCUGGUACAGUACAUUAUAUACAGUAUCUAUAGAGAUCAGACUGUGUGUGCCCAGGUUGUGCCAACUCUACUGAUUAAAAUUGGUUCAUUUGGAACUAAA